UCGGGCAGGUCCCGGUCGAAAUCCCCCACUUGCGCAAAUGGUGGUUUUGUGGUAAGUGAACACAGAAUCAUCGUCGCAAUGGAGGCAUUUUACUUUGUGCCCACCUAUUUAGAAGAGCAAUGCUUUGAACUUCCAACAAUUCAACAAAAGAUGAACCGCCCCAUCCAAGUCAAACCAGCGGAUAGUGAAAACCGCGGAGACCGGAAGCUGUUUGUGGGCAUGCUGAGCAAGCAACAGACCGAAGAAGAUGUCCGGCAAAUUUUCGCACCCUACGGUACAAUAGAAGAGUGCACUAUCUUACGAGGACCUGACGGCGCUAGCAAAGGUUGUGCUUUCGUGAAAUUCAGUUCACAUCAAGAAGCACAAGCGGCAAUCAACAACUUACACGGAAGUCAAACUAUGCCGUUGUCUCUUAUAAAUAUUGAACGUUUAUCGUAA